AACAGGGUAACGAUCGCUUAGAUCUUUGUAUGUAUAGUGCCUGUAGUACGCGCACAGUAUAUUGACUACGUGCAACAAAAAGAGAUAGACUGCAAGGUUGCGUAGUAGGCGAGCAUGGUACUCCCGAGUAAGAGAGAGAUAGUUGAAUUGGCGAGCCUCGCGCAUGCGGCGUGGGAAGCACAACGCACACAUCCUAGCAUACAAUGCAAACGUUUUUAAGGCGUGCGCCAUCUAAGUUUCGUCUGCAUGUCGUCAUAAACAAAUAGAAAGGGGAGUGCGAGAGGUAGUGGCUAGCGAGUCGGCUGCUGCUGGCUGGUUGUUAAAGCUAUUGCCCAGAUCUGGACGUGCGCAAUCUUAUCUGCUUUAAAUAAGUCAAUAUGUGCUACAGGGGGCAUUUGCACUUGGUGCAUAUGCCUGCAAGGGGAAGGGCGGUGAUAUAUAAGUAAAAAAAAGGCUGUGAGUUUAGUGUUCAAGUUGCCGGCAACGGCAGCAUAUCAUUGCUGUCGUUUCCCUUGUGUAUUAGUGCUCUUUUAUCUUUACCGCCUAGCUUUCAAGGAGCUUAUGACCAAAGGGAGCUGAAGUUCCCACUAGGCCAGAUGCGCCGUCGUCUCUUGCACACGCCAGAUUAUUUUUCAAGUUCUAAGAAUUGCUAAAAGAAACUAUUGUCGAGAGCUUGCGAAUUUCGUAAAUUGCGUCUUUUAGAAUAUCAUUACUUUUUUUAUAUAUUUAGAAUAUACUUGUCGCAAAGUGCAAAAUGCCGACAGCGAAGGAAGAUUUCGUCGAUCUUCUAGAGGAGAGACGAAAAGAUUGGGAUAUCUUGUGGGUUUCUCGUUCAAUGAAAAUCUUGCCUCCUCAUCAAUGCCCGACGGAACUCGUUUAUACCAGAAAACAAGCAAUCGAAGCCGUUCUUGUCAAUCCCAGAGUUGUUUAUGCUAUUCAGAAGCUGGCUGAUGCUCGAAAUGUUCCUGCAUCCGCAGUUGUUGCUGAAGCACAGGAUAUCCUUCAAGAAAUGGCAAGCAAGUCACACUUGCCUACUGUCAGAUGGAUGGGUCUACUAAUAACCAAAGUCAUAAAGAGAAUUUUAAUGAGUAUUAGAAUAAAUGAAAGUCUUCUUUUUAGAAUUAAAGAUCAAAUGUGUCUUUCCCAGGUGCAAUACAUUUAUGCACCAACUCACAGAAGUUACCUAGAUUUUAUAUUACUUUCUUAUAUCCUUUUUUCAUAUGAUAUGGCUUUACCAAAUAUUGCUAGUGGAAUGGAUUUUUAUAAAAUGAAAAUUGUUGGAGAAUUGUUGAGACAAACAGGAGCAUUUUACAUGAGAAGGAGCUUUGCUUUGGAUCCUCUUUAUAAAGAAAUAUUUAGAGCUUAUGUUAGUUCUUUAGUAGAACACAGUGAUAGAGCCUUAGAAUUUUUCAUUGAAGGUACUAGAAGCAGAAGUCAAAAGACUUUACCACCAAAGUUUGGUUUACUUGCAACUGUAUUGGAAAGUCUACUUCGGAGCGAAGUACCUGACAUUCAGUUUAUACCAAUUAGUAUUUCGUAUGACAAACCUCUGGAAGAGCUUCUAUUCGUUUAUGAAUUGCUAGGAGUGCCAAAGCCAGCAGAGAGCACGACCGGCUUGUUUCGCUCUCUUUCAAUAUUACGUGAGCCUUUUGCACACGGACAUGUGUAUGUGAAAAUUGCACCGCCAAUAUCGGCUCGUGACUAUGUGGAUAUGUCAAUACGCCAAGCGAGUGCCUUAACGCUUCAUUCUAAACUACCCGUUCAUAUCGCCAAAAAAUGCGCAUACGACAUUAUCGAUUGCCACAAGAAAAAUACCGUUCUCACGCCAUUCAAUCUCAUUGCUCUACUCUUCAAUGAGAACAUUCAUUCUCAAGAGAGAAAAUCUUACACAUUAGACAAACUGUUUGACGAUUAUCGUUGGAUUAAGAGCAUUUUUAUUGGAACAUUUAACGCCAUCGUACAUCCUGCGGCAUCAAAUAUUAUUUCAACUACUGACAAAGAAGAUGUCAAACAAGAAAUACUAGAAUCGUUGAAAACGCACAGAAAUUUGAUCGAAAUUGAUUCACUACAAAAUUUAAGAUUGAGGAAAAGACACAUAGGCGUUUCUCAAAUUAAAAGUGUCAAAGGACACCUAUUGAGUGAAGAAACUUUGAAGAUUGCCGUGCCAUCGAUCAAUUUAAUGAUUUACGUGAAUCCUGUUUUUGCAUAUCUUUCGAAAUUGUGUAUUGCAGCAUUAUGUACGAACACCUCUUCAGAUGACGUAGCACUGAAACGUUACUCAAUGUUGAGAUUACUACUUAGCGCAGAAUUUGCUUUACCUACUGACGUUAGCGAAAUUGAAUUAAUUAAGGAAUUUCAAGAAACGACUGAACUUUUAAAUAAUAGUUAUAUAAAUGACUCUAACGAAAGCCAGUUCGAUAAUAAUAACAAAUUACAUUCCAUUUUGACAAAUUUAUUGAUUCCAUACAUCGGAUCUUUAUUCGUAAUGUGCAAUACUCUAUUACAGUGGCCGAGCUCUAUUGAAUGUGUAGAAAAAAAUAUUAUAACUGAAUGUCAAAGAGGCAUUGAAGCAUCGUUUUACCAACCAUUAGGAUUUAUUAAAAAUCCGUACUCAUUGUCGUUAGAUACGUGUGGAUCCAUAUUAUCUAGUCUUAUUUUAGUCGGAAAUGUUAACCGAGAUCAGAAUAAGUUAUGUAAACCAAAUCGAAUGAGUUUGGAGGAACUGAUCGUAGAUCUCUAUGAUAUUAUGAAAAGACACUCUAAUGGAUCUUAUUUUGAUAUUUCCUCCUCAUUUGUAUUAGCAGAUAUACCAAAUUUGCAAGCUAAAUUAUAGUUACCAUGUAUCUAAGUCAUGUUUUUUAAUUAUAUAUAUUGUAAUAAAAUUAUGUUGUUAAUGAAGUGAUAUUGUGUU